GUGUCACAAGCACUGGCAGUUACUUCCUUGUUCAGUUUGUUUCCGAGCGAUUGGAAGGAUGAGAACAGUAACGCAUUCGAGCUUUACAGCUUUAUGCAUUUGCUUAGUCUUAAAUAUUUUAUUUUUCGAGGCAAAGGAAACGGCCGCAAAGCCACCGCAUGUUGUAUUUAUUUUGGCUGACGAUUUCGGCUGGAACGAUGUGGGGUAUCACGGAUCUGAAAUCAAAACACCAAAUCUGGACAAACUUUCCUCACAAGGAGUCAGACUGGAGAAUUAUUAUGUUCAACCGCUGUGCACACCGUCCAGAAACCAACUCAUGACCGGAAGAUAUCAGAUCCGUACAGGCAUGCAACAUCAGAUUAUUUGGCCGUGCCAGCCGUACUGCGUGCCCCUGCAAGAAAAGCUGUUGCCCCAGCUGAUGAGGGAAGCGGGCUAUGCCACACACAUGGUGGGCAAGUGGCACUUGGGCAUGUAUAAGAAAGACUGUUUUCCAACCCGGAGGGGAUUUGACUCCUACUUCGGCUACCUCACGGGAAGUGAAGACUACUUCAGUCACCAUCGCUGCUAUGUCGUACCCCCUCAGAACCUGACCCGCUGCGCCCUGGACCUCAGGGAUGGAGAGGAGGUAGCCACAGGGUACAGUGGUCACUAUUCCACCCACCUGUUCACUGAAAGAGUAACCAGCAUCAUUGUAAAACAUGACCAGCAGAAGCCCCUCUUCCUGUACGUGGCGCUGCAGUCGGUUCACGCCCCACUGCAGGUGCCCGAGAGCUACGUAGCGCCCUACGGCUUCAUCAGAGACCCGCACCGCAGGGAGUACGCGGGCAUGGUGUCGGCCAUGGACGAGGCAGUGGGCAACAUCACCCAGGCGCUGCGGGACAGGGGACUGUGGGACAACACUGUGCUGGUAUUCUCCACAGACAACGGAGGGCAGACGUUGGCCGGCGGCAACAACUGGCCUCUGAGGGGCAGGAAGUGGUCACUCUGGGAAGGAGGAGUGCGUGGCGUAGGCUUCGUGGCCAGCCCGCUGCUUGCACAUCCCGGAACUGUGAGCAGGGAGCUUAUCCACAUCUCUGAUUGGCUGCCCACUCUCGUGAGCCUGGCCGGCGGUUCCACCAAUGGCACCCUGCCUUUGGAUGGCUUUGACAUUUGGAACACCAUUAGCAAAGGGACGUCUUCGCCAAGACUGGAGCUGCUGCACAAUAUAGACCCCCUGUAUGAUGACAUCGCACCCUGUCCUGGCAGGGAGUCCAGAUUGACUUUGGCUCCGGAGCUCAGUCAAGGCCAGUGGUCUCACUCUGGCUUCAACGUGUCUGUUCACGCUGCCAUCCGCUACCAGAACUGGAAACUGCUCACUGGAUACCCAGGUUGUGACUACUGGUUCCCUCCCCCACAGCUGUCCAACAGAUCAGAGGCCAGCAAGCCAGCAUCUCCUCUGAAAUUAGUGAUGCUCUUCAACGUGGAGUCCGACCCUGAAGAGAAACAGGAAGUGUCUGAGAAACACCCGGAAGUGGUGAACUUCCUCCUCACUAGGCUGCAACACUACCAGAAGGCCUCCAAACCCAUCAUAUUCCCUGAUGAUGACCCCAGGUGUGACCCGGGGCCCAGUGGAGCCUGGGGUCCCUGGGAAUAGACCCAGAAAGAGGACGAACAAACAACGCCUUUUCAGUUAGAGAGGGGGCUGCUCCACUUCACCUUAUCUGUCUUCAGGAGGCCAUGGGAGACCGAUAAGUACAGAUUUGGGGUCAUUGGUCAUACAAUGUCAUGCAUAGUUUUUCCUCUGGCUUUUGACAUUUGGACUGAAGGUUAAAUUUGGUUUGAGUCUAUGGCUGCAUUAACAAGCUAGCUUGAGUUCAUCCAGAUUUGAAAAGCCUUUGAAGGACACGGCUAAAUGUGGAGGGUUGUGAUAGGAAGAACCUAAUGUAGGAACCUUUGUGUUGAAACGCUGUCUUUGUCAGUAUUUGAAACAGGCCUGGAUUCAAUCAUCAUUUGUCCUUAAUUUUGACCAUGAAAUGCAAGUGUUCACUUUUUUCCUCACAAACACAGUUUUGAAAGUUCAGCAAUGACCAAAAUGAACUGGAAAAAUGUGUUUCUAUUGAGAAUAAACACUUUCAUUUAUGUAAGCCAAUGUGAAAGACAUGUUGAUUUAAAACAGGCCAUACACUCUCACAGUGGUUAUUCUCAGGAUCUGACAUCUUUUUAAACUUGACUUAUUAUUGCAGAACAGAAUGGGAAUACUUGUUUUAAUGUUUGAAAGCUUUCUUGUGAGAUCUGUUAACAUUAGAGAUGCAUUAUAUGGAAAUUUUGGGGGUGAUAUCACUAAUCAACUAAUAUUUGCCUAGCCACUUUGACCCAUGCAUGUGCCAAGCUGUUUUACAUUAUAGCACAAAUGCAAAUUGCAUAUUCAUGGAAUAAGAUGAGCGCAGAUGUCAACUUCUAAAGGACAAAUGUAAGAAAUUAUAUUUGUAAAACAACAUAUUUAAAUUUUAUUAUUAUGCAGAACACGAGUCAAGAGAUCUACAGGGUAUCUGUUAGCUUUGGUUGUUAGUUUGGCUGGUAAAAAUGAUUAAUAUAAAAACAAGUUGGAGGUUGAGUACCUACUUUUUGCACAUUCAUUUUUCUUUUAAUUUUCUGAAUCAGCAGUGCAUCAAAUGCAAUACCUCUCUGGCAUGUGUAUGCUGCAUAUUGGUCAUAAUCUUAGUAUUGCGUUGAAACUAAUAAUUUCAUUAUUGGUCAUAAUAUUAAUAUUGGGCCAAAACUAAUAAUUUCAUUUGAACUAUUAUCAGUUCAUACCCCCAAAAAU